AGAGAUCAAUUAAGACAUUAUUUGAUUGGAUACAUCAAGAAGUUAAUACAACAAGUACUCAAGUCAUCUUUCGAACCUAUUCGCCUGUUCAUUUCAGUGGUGGAGACUGGAAAUCUGGAGGCAACUGUCACAUGGAGACAGUUCCUGUACUGGAAAACUCACAGCUUUCACUGAAACCAUGGUCCAAAUUCCUGAAGCCAUUCAAGAACGUGAAUUCAGUUCAAUCUAAUGAAAAGUUUCCGAAGAUUGAACUACUAAAUGUAACCAAGAUGACAGCUAGAAGAAAAGAUGGCCACCUCUCCCUGUUUUAUCUUGGUCCGUCAGUUCGAGCACCGCAGUAUCGACAGGAUUGCAGCCAUUGGUGCUUGCCUGGUGUUCCUGACGCUUGGAAUGAGCUUCUUUAUACGCUUUUCAUGAGGAGAGAAUCCAUGGAAGAUCAUAGGAUUACAGACCUCACUCACACUCCAAAGAAUAAGCUUAUCAGAAUAUGUCAAAAAUAG